AUGGCGAAACGAACACUCGAAGAAUCUAGCACGACCCCACCAAAACGUAGGGUCCAACCGGUUCCCGUCGAGAAGAGACAUUUUCAGAUCGUCAAUCUGAAGGAAGGCGAAGUCGUACACCAAACUUGCGUCGUGGUGGAUGGUACAUGCCAUGCCUUUGACUACGCCGAAGAAACCAACUUCGUCUCCGUUUCAUCAUGCGAUGCACUCAGCCAGACACAGCCAACUCACCACUGGCCCCUGAACAAGGGAAAAUGGAAGGCAUUGGUCAUGCUAGCGCCAGGAAGCAAUAAGAUUACUUUCAAGUUGCACCAUGCCGGAGGAAUCUCAGACUCUCUGGAAAUCACAGUGAACUACAUCCCUCUACUGCAACUUCCACCGCUUCAUCUGGCAAUCCUCGUCGCCAAUGACUCCCCUCUACUUAUCGAUUGCCCACCUGCCAAAUACGGUGGCAUUUCCACUGCACACAGCGGUCUCGAUGCCGCGAUUGCCAAGUUCCGCAUGUCGGCUUACAUGUGGCAGGCUCUUACGGCCGAGGACUUCCGCCAAAAGGGAAUGGGUAGGCGGUCUUUCCGUCUGGAAGAGGAGUGGCUUUCCAACACAUCUUUCCUGACCGGUCAUCAAACGACACCCGGAGCUCAGGGCUCUCUGGGUACCGUCGCAAAGGUUCAUAUCAUCCGGUCGGAUAAGUCGGUCGCGGAGAUCAGAGAUGCCCAGGUUGCGCAGCAGAAUUCUCGUGGUCGGAACCGGGAUGCCCUGCAUGCAUACUUUGAGGAAGCUUUGGUCAAGUCGGGUGGCCCCUUCGAGUCGAGCCGUCGUCCCGUCGUGGCGGGAAUGAUUUUAGAUGCCCACUACUCCAUGGAAAAAUCUAUGAUUGUGGGCCAUGCUGCGCUGGGCUGCCAUAAGUCUGAGGGUAUUUCACUAGGAGUCUUUGGUAGUCACUUGACUUACUCUUGGCCCCGUUUCCUGGAGGAGGUUCCUGCUUGUUUGACUGAUAUGACGCUCACGGGCGAUACUGUUGGUAACGAUAAUGGUGAAUGUGACACCAUGCGCGGUGCCUGCUUUGUCGGCCAGGGCGCAUUCCUCCAUGAAGUCGGCCACGCAUUUGGUGCCGAUCAUACCUCAGGCAUCAUGGCAAGAGGGUACAGCAAAUCGUGGGCUAUGGAUUUCAUCGAGCACAGGACAAACAGUAAGAUGGUCAACGACGCAAAGUGGGAUCUACGCGAUGUCCUCCGGUUCAAGCUUCUUCCCCACUUCGCCCUCCCGGGAGAUGUGCCCGUGACAACCGCUUUCAAGACAGCCCUCGUGCACAUUGACAUUGACCUUGAGAAAGAAAGUGAAGCCAAAGAUGGCGACGUGAUCAAGAUCUCUUGUGCGGCUGGCCUCGCCCAAGUCAAAAUGGAGAAUGGCAAGAAGCCCAAGGUUCUUCUCGCGCAUACCGACUCGACGCCUCUGCGCACAACACUUCACAUCAAUACCGCAGCCAAGAACCUGGACCGGGCCCAACCAUUAUUGAUCACUGCCCUUGGAAGCAACGGCAAGGAGCGAAUAGUUGCCGACGCAUGGAAAUUGCUGAAAGAAAGGCCAUACAUCCUGAUUCCCGGCAGCGACUUGGUUAUCCGAAAACAAUCCGUGCGAUGCCAUACCAUCCCCGAAGGAAACGAGGAAGGCGAAUACAUCAAAUGGGGCAUGCUCCUCCAGCACCGCGGAGUUGACGGCAAGUUGUACCGCGCCACGUCCGUCGACCUGCGCGUGGGCUGUACUAUGGAUGGCGCAGUUGUUUACUAUGCCGAUGGGCGGCACGAGAACUGCGGACCUGUCCGUAAUCGUUACGGCCAAGUGCACAACUUCGGUGGACACGCGGCAGAAAGCCAUGAGCUUCCUGUUGGGGAAAUUAUCACGAAAGUUCAGGUCCGGAAUCAGGGCAACGACUGGAAUGGUAGUUUGUCGGGUAUUCGUAUGACUUUGAGUGAUGGGGCCAAAUGGGGGUACUUGAACCUUGGCUAUGAGAAUGGGGAAGACGGUGAAGAUGCAAGUGAGAACGACGAAACCGUUCACACACUGGAGCCGAGUGAUGGCGAGGUGAUUGUAGGGUUCUAUGGACAAAGUCGGGCUGAUUGUGGAUAUACUUGUGAGUUUGGAAUUCUGACAGCUCCGGCGGGAGUUGAACUUCCUGCGGCUGUUUAUGAUAUGGCCGAGUUGAAGAAUGUUCAAUGA